AUGACAACGAGUGCUGCCAUUCGUUGCGCCGUCGCGACGCCGCGCGCGGGACCGUCUCGGCGUCGGCUCACCCGCCGCCGCGCGGCGGCGGCGGACGACGAACCGGUUCCCCCGGGAUGCGCGAGAUACGCGGUGGAACUGAAGAAACCGCUCGGCAUGUUUCUGGCGAACGAUAAAAAUGGAAAUAUUUUUGUCGAAGAACUCGUGCCCGGCGGUGCGGCCGAGCAGAGCGGCCUGAUUAGCGUGGGUGAUAGAUUAAUCGCUACGUCGGCGAUCGUGUUCAACAGCGAAAUGGACUACGGCGGAGUGAGCGUUAAAAAAGGCGAAGAGCAAAUCAGAUUUUCCACUCGUGGAGAGUCGUUCGACGUCGUUAUGGCGGCUAUCUCUACGUGGCCCGCGCCUCGAAAGAUGAAGCUCGAGUUCCAGCGUUGCGACGACGAAGAAUCGUCUUGA